AUGGCGAGCCUGGAGGAUAAAUCCAUUUGGGAAGGCGAAGAGGCGCUGUUGGAGGAGCUGGAGCGGAUGAGUACAGACGAUGUGAUCGCACGAACGCGAUUGCUGGACUCUGAGGUGAAGAUCAUGCGCAGCGAAGUGAUGCGGAUUACGCACGAACUUCAGUCCAUGAAGGAUAAGAUCAAGGAGAACACGGAGAAAACCAAGGUGAACAAGCAACUGCCGUAUCUCGUGUCGAACGUAAUCGAAUUGCUGGACGUGGAUCCGUUGGAGAACGGGGAGGAAGAGGGUGCCAACAUUGACCUGGAUUCGCAACGAAAAGGAAAAUGCGCCGUGAUAAAAACGUCGACUCGUCAGACGUAUUUCUUGCCUAUGAUCGGUCUAGUGGACGUGGAGAAGUUGAAGCCCGGUGACUUGGUUGGUGUGAACAAGGACUCGUACUUGAUCCUCGAAACUCUGCCUUCGGAGUAUGAUUCACGCGUGAAAGCCAUGGAGGUUGACGACCGCCCGACCGAGCAAUACUCGGACAUUGGCGGUCUCGACAAGCAAAUUCAGGAGUUGAUUGAAGCCGUCGUGUUGCCGAUGACGCAUAAAGAAAGAUUUGAAAACUUGGGAAUACAGCCCCCGAAGGGCGUCCUGUUGUACGGUCCCCCGGGCACCGGGAAAACCCUGAUGGCUCGCGCUUGCGCCGCCCAAACCAAGUCCACUUUCCUCAAGCUGGCCGGUCCACAAUUUGAAAACUUGGGAAUACAGCCCCCGAAGGGCGUCCUGUUGUACGGUCCCCCGGGCACCGGGAAAACCCUGAUGGCUCGCGGAACGCGGCGGGUUUGGUUCAGAUUCGACUCGGAGAAAGCCGGAGAUCGGGAAGUGCAGCGAACCAUGUUGGAGUUGUUGAACCAGCUGGACGGGUUCUCGUCCCAUCAGGACAUCAAGGUUAUCGCGGCCACGAAUCGCGUGGACAUCCUGGACCCGGCCCUGUUGCGAUCCGGGCGUCUGGAUCGGAAAAUCGAGUUCCCGGGCCCCAACGAGGAUGCCCGUGCCCGCAUCAUGCAGAUUCAUUCUCGCAAGAUGAACGUGUCUCCCGAGACCAAUUUCGAGGAAUUGGCGAGAUGCACGGACGACUUCAACGGAGCUCAGUGUAAAGCUGUAUGCGUAGAAGCUGGUAUGAUUGCGCUCCGUAGACAAGCCACUAUAGUAACUCACGAAGACUUUAUGGAUGCCAUCUUGGAAGUGCAAGCCAAGAAGAAAACCAACUUGGAUUACUACGCCUAG